UUUAUCCUUGUUAUUUCCGGUUGAGGAUCAGUGAUGACAUAUCUUAUACAAAACAUAUGUGGAUUUUUUAGUACUAUCUCCAUCUCAUGAAAAGCGCAAUCCUAAUUUUUUAGACAGAUUAGUGUUAUUGGAACAUGAUCAUAUUACCCUUUGUAAUUGUUUUAAUCCCUUUGAUUUAGGCAUAUAAGGUGUUCAAUUUCCAUGGAGUUAGUUAAUAUGCAGAUAAUUAAUUCCUAAUUGAUUUAUUGAAAGGACAAGGCAGUAAAUUAUUGCUAGAAUUGCACUUUUCUCUAGGACCUUUUUGAAUCAUGUAAUUGCACUUUUCAUGGGUCUAUCAAGAACAUUCUUUAGAAAACAAACGGUAAAAGCUAAGCUAUAUUGUAUAUAUACAUUAAAAAUCAUGCUUAUGUUUUUGUUGCAAAGUGUCUAUUUUUCAUUUGUAGUGAAAAGAUAAUCAAGCACAUUAACUCAUCUUAACAACUCUAAAUAAAAUCAUGCUAGUCUAUGUUCUUCAUUGUUCUAACUUCUAAUUAACUACUAAUAACAUAUGAUGAAGAAAACCCACGUGGAUUUUUCGAAGUGCUUAAAUUUUAGGUAAACUGAGAUACUCAACCAAAUUAGUCUCUUUACAAUAUGUAAUUCUUAACCAAAGUUAGAGUGAUGCCUUGUAUAGAGUGUAAUGCGUAAAAAGAAUGCACAAGUAAGGAUUUCUUUGCAGAAGUCCAUUGUAAAAAAUAAAAUAAAAUAAUGUGUCAAGAUUUGUCAAGUUGUUAUGAUUACUAAGACCAUCAAGAACAUUCUUUAGACAAUAGACCGUAAAAACACUAAGCUACAUUGUCUAUUCAUUAAAGAUCAUAUUUUUAUUUAAAGUGAAAAGACAACCAAGCACAUUAAUCUGUUGUAACGGCUCUAAAUUAAAUUCAUGCUAACCUAUAUCCUUGUUGAUUCCAGUGGACUGAUAACGUAUCCUGAGAAAAAUUUGCAUCAAUUCUUAGUAGCACGUAAUUUUUAGAUGAUGAGAUACUCAUACCAAAUUAGACUCAUUGCGGUAUGUAAUUGUUAAAACAAAGUUAGAAUAAUGCCUUACUCCGAAUGUGAUGCCUAAAACGAAUACAAAAGUAAGGAUUUCCUUGCAUAAGUCCAUUCUAGUUAUAAAAAAAAUACACUGCCAAGAUGUGUCAAAAUGUUGUUAUCUUCUUAAGACCGUCCAGGCAACAAAAGUUGUAUAUUCUCUAAGAAAGGUAUUCAUUUGAACUUAAAUGUUAAAUCAUCUUGUAUCCGUCUGAUGUACUGCUCGAAAAUUAAAUUGGUAAAUCUUGAUUCUCCCUAGUUCUCGUAUACAUCCGAUGUAAGACUCAAAAAUUAAACUUGUGGUAAUCUUGUUCCUUACUAUUUUGGGUAGAGUGGCAACAUAUUUCAAGGCACAUAUUUGCAAAAUAAAUUUACGAAAUAAACAUGUAGAGAUUGAAAUUUUGGAACUGGAAAUGAAAACCUGAUAAGUGAAGGGCUAUUAUGCUAAAAUUAAGGAGGAGAGAGAGAGAGGACAGACAGAAGAAAAACCGUGUCCGAUAAAUAACCAGAGCUGUCUCUAUUCACCCUCUCCGUCGCCUCCCAAUAAAAACGCCACCGCCCCACUCACCGGAGCCCGGCCGCCGGGAUGCCUCAAGAUUCGCGCCCAGCGGGGAUGCGCCUCUUCGGCGUCACCAUCGCGCCGGUACCACCGCCGGCGCCCGAGGCGGAUCCGCCGGACCGGGAUCCGAGCCCCAACCCGCCCGUGGCGGUCAGGGAGGACGUGAUGCGCAAGUGCAAGAGCAUGGGCAACCUCGCCGCCCUUGGCGCUGCCGCGGACGGCGGAGGAGCUGGCGCUGACGGUGGAGGUGCCGGCGACGGGUACCUCUCCGAUGGCGGGCUGAUGCAGUCGUCCGGGAAGCGGCGGAGGGCGCAGGAGAGGAAGAAAGCUGUUCCUUGGACUGAAGAAGAGCAUAGGACAUUUCUUGCUGGUCUUGAAAAGCUAGGGAAGGGAGACUGGAGGGGUAUAGCGAAAAAUUUCGUUACCAGCAGAACACCAACUCAAGUAGCAAGUCAUGCUCAGAAAUAUUUUCUUAGACAGACUAAUCCAAACAAGAAGAAGCGCAGAUCAAGUCUUUUUGACAUGAUGCCAGGCGAGCUGUCACCAGCACCCAAUUGCCCCAUCUUACCACCAUCAAUGGCAAAAGUACAUGAUGUGGUAGCUAUGACGAGACAACUCCAAAAUAGCAACUUGGAAGGAGGCUCAUCUUCAAACACAGCCAAUAUAGCACCUCAAGUUGGAAGAGAUCUUCCCCCAGUUCCAUCUUUUUGGGCAACAAAUAUGGACUCAAGCUUCAGCAAACUGAACCGCAUGGAGCCCUUAUGGAGAACACCCUAUCCAUUCAGACCAAUUCCAAGGUCCCCUGACGGGACAUCUCCAUCAACUCCUGUUGUUGCCAAUAUAGCUUCUCGGGUUUCCAAAGCUAACCCAACUGCAUGUACUAGCACAUCCUUGAGCCCGCGAAGUGAUACAUCAUCAUUGCCUCCGAAGGCAGAUCCUCCAGCAGAGAUGAAGGAUUUGGAACUGACUGUUGCCCCACCCUCCCAACAAAACAUGACCAAUAUGUCUUCCCAGAAUGCGGAAUUGGCGCAAGCUUAACUGAUCAUUUUCGCUGCGUAUGUAUGCUGGUUGGAAUCGAAUGCAGUUCAUGUGCAUGCAUGGUUCUCCACAUUAGGCCCAGACAGAAGGUAUAUUAUAUUAUUCAAUGGAGAAAGUGACUGAAAAAAGUUAGGAAAACAGAAUGCUGUCUGGUACUAGCAUCAUUAUUGGCUUUACACCUGACCCUAAUGUUUGGUACUUGGUGCUAUGGUACAAGAAAAGCUUGGUGUAUGUCUGUUACUCUAGUGUAUCUGAAAGUGUUGGUUUAGGCACCUGCAUGCAUGUCUCCCUAAGUUUCUGGAGAAGUAAUACUUGGUGCAGAUUGCAGAACUGAAAGCUAUGAAGAAGGGAAAAUCUUUGAACAAAUUAUAUGUAAGUCUGAGCAUCACAGGUUUAUAGGAAAGUCUAAGGCCUGGAUGGAUGCUAGUAAUUCAGCAUAGGAAGUUAGAAACUAGUCUCUAGUGUAGUGCAAUACUCUGACGCUCUGCAAUCUCACAUGUACCCUAACACUCCAGUCUCCCCUUGGAACAUUGGAAUUGAAGUUACUAAUACCUGCAGGAAUUGAAUUUACCCUAUUAUACUCUUGGUGCACAA